AUGCAUGAGAUCGUCACCCUCCAACUGGGUCAGCGGGCCAACUAUCUGGCUACGCAUUUCUGGAAUCUCCAGGAAUCAUAUUUCACAUACAAUGAAGGCGAAGAAUCUCCAGUGAAUCAUGAUGUCCAUUUCCGACCGGGCUACGGCGCAGAUGGCUCCGAGACUUAUACGCCUCGGACGGUCAUCUAUGAUCUCAAAGGCGGAUUCGGGACUCUGCGCAAAUAUAAUGCUCUGUAUGAGCUGACUGAUGAUGCAGUAGCGGGGCAAGGCUUGUGGGAUGGCCAAGAAGUCGUGCAAAAACAGACACCCAUUCCACAAAGUGAUUAUCAGAAAAGUUUAGAUCAGGGUACUACAGCACCGCGACUAACGUCGGAGACGGUGCGCUACUGGUCUGAUUAUAACCGAGUUUUCUAUCAUCCUCGGUCAAUCGUGCAGCUCAAUGAUUAUGAGCUCAACUCCCAGAUUAUGCCAUUCGAAGACUGGAAUGUCGGCGAAGAGCUGUUCAAUGACCUCGACAAGGAACAUGAUUUGCUGGACCGUGAUCUGAGACCCUUCGCCGAGGAAUGCGAUCAGAUGCGGGCCAUCCAACUCUUCACCACCUCAGAUGAUGCAUGGGGCGGAUUUACUGCUCGGUUCAUUGACAGAAUUCGUGACGAAUAUGGCAAGAAGAGCGUUUGGGUGUGGGCGAUGGAAGAUGGGAACAAAGUGCAACGACACCGACAAUUGAAGAAGGACACAAACAAAGCCAAGUCUCUCUGUUCGAUUUCGCCACAGUCGACACUCUAUGUGCCUGUCAUCGACAUUCCGCACAAGCUUCCCCGCUCGCUUCAAGUGGAUCGGCAUUCCGAGUGGCAAACUACAGCGUUGCUAAGCUCUGCGCUUGAGACAGUGACAUUGCCAUCUAGAUUGCGACCCUAUCACGACUUUGAAGCCUCGCUUGCGGGGGACGACGGAAGGCAUACUAUUUUCGAGCUUCAAUCCAGCAUCGAGCCCGAGGACCAAUCUUCGGAUGACAAUCAAAAUGAUCUGCCCAAAGCCAAAACCGAAUUUGACAUUGACUUUACCUAUGAUGGGGAAAAGGGCAAAUCUCAUCAUAUCUUUAACCAAGUCCAGGUACUGCGUGGGGAUGUGCCCGAGUCAGGAUCUGGUGAGCCCGUUGAUGGUGAUGAUCUUGGCCGUCAGCGAAAACUUCGAUUGUAUAAUUCGGAGGCAAUGCUCCAGAGCUACCGCACCCCGCUGCGCCUGCCUAUUCUCGACAGUUUCCCGCAUGGGAUGUAUUCUACAUCCCGGUCAGCCGAUGGGGUGAGUGUUUUGGCCGCAUUGACCGCCUCCACCCGAACGGCCGACAGGAUCAAGACCAUUGAGGGGACGGCUGCACGAAUGUUAUCGGUGGAUGAGCGUGAGAUGAUGAUGAAUGGACUGGGGGAGAUCCGGGAAUGCUACGAGAUUGGUUGGAGUAGUGGAUCCGACGACGAGGAUGAUUAG